AAUUCUUACUGCUAAAGGAACUACGUCAUUCAGCAAUCAGCCAUUUUAUCUCGAAGGUUUACACGUCUAAGGAGAUUGUGUAUAAAUCCAACGUAGCUGAAUUGCGUUGGAGAACUAUACGGCAUCGAUUUUGUAGUCACACAAGUAACAAUGUUUUUAUGGGAUUAUUUUUCAUCCAUUCUUAAUUUUUUAGGUUUUUAUCAAAAAGCUGGCAAACUUCUUCUUCUUGGCUUGGAUAAUGCUGGGAAAACAACACUUCUGGGUGUUCUUAAAGAAGGGCACAUAAUUCAGCCAGUGCCAACUCUUCAUCCUACAUCAGAAGAGUUAUCUAUGGGAGGCAUGAAAUUUACUACAUUUGAUCUUGGAGGUCACAGGCAAGCUAGAAGAGUUUGGAAAGAUUACUUCCCGGCAGUGGAUGGCAUUGUAUUUCUUAUUGAUUGUCAUGACAGGGGACGAUUUCAUGAAGCCAAAGCUGAACUUGAUAGCUUAUUGACAGAUGAACAAGUGGCUAAUGCUCCUAUUCUGAUACUAGGCAAUAAGAUUGAUAUACCUGGGGCUGCUAGUGAAGAUGAAAUAAGACAUUGGUUUGGCCUUCACAAUCUGACCACUGGAAAGGGCAAUGUUUCCAGAAGUGAACUACCUGGUCGCCCCAUGGAACUAUUUAUGAGUAGUGUACUGAAACGACAGGGUUAUGGCGAAGGUUUCCGCUGGCUAGCACAGUACAUUAAUUAGCCUGACAAUGAGGGAGAAUGAAAUGACAGAAUGACACAUGGUGGAUGAAUAAAACACAAAGUGAAAGUUUGAAAAUGAACUUGAUGGAGAAAAAGACUUGUUGAUUGUAUAUAUCUAUCACAAAUUGUGUAUCUGUGUGCAAUUGUCUCGAAUGUGGUUCCUCCUAAAACAUUUCAGUGACUGUGUCUUAAUGUGGGGGAGUACAUGUUGUGGAAUGUACAUUUGAUUAACAGCUUGUACAUUACCUGUACUAUACAAGUCUAUAAAAUGUGGUUGUUUUUUUUUGUCUUUGUGGCCCUGGGUUCUGGUUCAGCCAGAUGUCAGAUCCUUGACAGGUGUAAGUAGUAGUUAAAUGAAGAAUUUUAAUAACCAAAGGACUUUUGUAUAUUCUUCCUUCCCCUGAGAACAUCUAAUUAGUGCCCAUCUUCUUCCCUCUUGUGCUUGAACAUUUUGCUGGUUGUAUUUUAAACGGAUGGGCUGUUAUUCCCCCCUCCCCUGGGAAAUGAUUUUGAUGUUUUCUAAAAUAUGCUACUAUAGUGAUAAAACCAGGUCCCUCCUGUCUGUUGAGUUAACUCUUAUUUUCUACUACUAGAUCUAUUUAAUGCUUAUGAGUUGACUCUUAUGGAAGUAGGAGUUCUUGUUUAUGACUGUCAUUCAUUUUUUUUGAAUAAACUAUUUGUGAUUUUUAUACAUAAACAUGUAUUAGUAUGUUUAAUGGCUGAAAUAUUCGUCUAUCAUUACCUCUCCCUUACUCCAUUAUUAUUAAUAUAAUUAGGUAUUUUAUAAAUUGUCAUAAUGACAAUAUUAUUUUCACUAAUUUUCCUGUUUUCUGUGUGUGAAUCACUUUGAGUUUGGUACUAAAAGGUUGUCUCCCCUUAGUGGCCAGCAUGUUGUAAUAUAGUUAUCAAAAUGAAAAUAAAACAAAAAUGUUAUGCUUACUUCCAGAUAUGAUUAAAAAAUAUUUGUUUGUUUGUAUUUACUAUGAUUAUUAUAGUCACAUAUUAUUAUCUUACUUUGAAUAUUCAUGUUUAUUGUUUCUUUUAAUUUAUUGUUCUAUUGGAUUGAAAAGUCUAAAUGUACAAAACAUCUAUUGAAUUUCACUUGGAUGUGGUGGAGGAUUGUUUCAUGGACUAGAGACCUCACCAGACAGUUAUUAUGAUAGAAGCAUAAGUUUGGUCCUACAGAUUUUUAGUUUCAUUGGUUUGUAUAAUAGAAUUUUAGAAUCUGAUAUUAUGCAUUCAAUUAAAGUAUUGAUGUUUGCUUUUGUGAGACUAGUUUAUUGAAGCAUUGAAUCUUGUAGAGAACUAUUUCUCACAUUGGACUAUUAGGAUCAAGUUGUUCUGGAGCAUAGAAUGAACAUUGAACCACUUAGUAGUAUUUCUUGUCUUCAGAGUUUGUUCAACUAUUAUUCAUGGUAUAUAUGAAUGUUGGCUUCUUGUGUCAACACAUACAAGUUCUACGUAUAAAGAUAACUUUGAAACAGUCUAAUACUUUGAGAAGACUCGGUCAGUUGCUAGAUGAUGCUUAAAGUUGUGGGGUUUUUUUUGUAAUAUAUAAGCAGACCAUUUUUGACAGAUAACAUUCUACCAGUGUGACAGCACAUGCUCAUCAAAUGGAGAUGCAAGGAAUGAAAAGCCAGAACAAGUUUUUAAUUCUGUUUUUCUUUUAUUGGACAUGGUAAAUGUUCUGGGUUCUGGUCUCAAUUUUUUAAUGAACUUUAAAAUGUUUAGUAAGUUUCCAAAACUUUGUCCUGAGAAACUAGGUUCAGAAGUUCAUCUCAGUCUACUGUUGGCCUACAAGAAGAGAACUGUGUUGUUACUGGUCAAUUCAAAGACAUUUUGUUUCAUUUCAUUAGUCUCUACAUUUUGUAGCCUUUCAAAGUAUCACAAACAGAUCUUCAAAUAAAACAUGAUGAAGAAAAGUU